GGUCAGCUUUGGGUUAAAGGUCAGCAUCCCUAUGCGUGUGUGUGUGUGUGCGUGAUGAGAAAUUAUGAUCAUCAGAGAUUGUCCAGACGCUCUAAUGAGUCUUGAUUGUGUGUUUGUUGUUCAAGCACAUGAAGCGAGUGUGCACGUGUCUCCAGGUGUGUUUUGCUGUCAGGAAGUGUGUGUGUGCGUGCGUGCGUGUGUGAUGUGGUUACACUUGAAAAGCACCAGACGAGAUGUGAGGCGUCGAGGGUGGAUCAGAGGGCUGUCAGCGUGUAUAAAAGAAGCGCUCUACGGUGUCUCCAGCAGACCAAGUCUUUCUGUCUCUUGGCUCCUUUGGGGAUUUUCAUUGAUUUCAUCAAUUUUUUCCAUUUAUUUCAAAUUUGUUCCCGUUGGAUGAAGAUGGCGUCAACGUGCACGUGGCUGUGGCGUGCACUGCUGUGCAUGUGUCUCGGUGGUGUCCUGGCGCUGGACUCCAACACCAUCAGGUGGUCCAAAGGGGACCCAAACGGUCCUGCAUUGUUGAGGGGGGGCUGCAGUAACCACGCCCAAAGGACAUCCUCUCACAUUGACAGCGACACUGAGGACGCCGUCGUGUCCAACAAGACCAAAGUUCCAGAGAUGUCCGCCUGCGUGCGCUCUUCAGACUGCCAGGUGGGCUUGUGCUGCGCUCGCUACCUGACGGGGAGGCGGUGCCAGCGUGUCCCGGUCGAGGGCGAUGCCUGCCUGCUGCGAGGCUCCAAGCGCAGGAGGAAGUUGGGACGCUGCAACUGCGGCACCGGUCUGGCGUGCGCCGCCCCCUCGCACCUGGAGAGUAUCAGGGUCAAGGGUCAGGGCCUCUGCGUCCCCCGCCGCAGACCAGGCCAAAGGAAGACCCGGAGGACAGCCGAGACAUGCUGCUGAACAGGAAGUCACGUGAUUGGUUUACGCUUGAUGACAGCGCCCCCUGGUGCAGUAGCACUACUACUGUGGAUAUUUCACAAUAAAAGCUUCUGCAGUGACCACUUUUAAUACACUUCAAAAUAAAAGUCUUUUUAGGCAUGUACAUGUGUACACAUGCAAAGUGGUGUUAACUCUU